AUGUACUCGCAUCUUGAAGCUGAAGGCACUGCGAUUACCAUCGUUCAUUGCGAGGCACAGAAGCUGCCAGUUGUCGAUCGCAUUCUUGAGCCUCAAACCAUCGGACAUUUCAUGCAAUUUGCGUUCGGUGAGCCACUACCCAAUGGUAGUCAACCCAACAUCGAGCGCCUGUCCGAAGAGGAAUCGUCCUUCCUCCAACAUGAUCAAAACUUUCCCCCGGACUCCGAUGGCGAACCCAUCAUGACCAGUGUUAUGGCCCGCAUUGGAUCUGAACGAGAUUUCACCCGGCUCUGUAUGGUCGGAAAGAACAUUCAAUCCCUAAAAUCCCGUCUGUGGGAGGGCAUCAUCCCCUUGAGCGACCAGAUAUGGCAGGAAAAAGGCCUCGACCGGCCAGAACAUUUUGAUCUCGCGUGUCAGCAUCUAACGGCUGUGAUCGCCGUGUUCCAGUAUUUGAAUGAACCAACCGUGCGAUUGUAUCUUCGCGACACGUUCAAUUACAUCUAUGAGCACUGGACGGCGCUCGAUGCUGUUCUCAACAAUCUCAGAACGGAGCAAGGUAAAAAGCACGUUAGUGUCGCGGGUCUCUGGACAAGAUACAUGACAGCGCAUUUCGAGAUGAUGACCGAACGCGCCCAUAGAUGGGUUAUUGUGCAUGCCCAUACACUGCGAGCUCCAUUGCUGCGAGCCCUUUUGGAGUAUCGGCCACCGGGAGAUAGCGGCCCGUUAGGCCAACCUGAUGCUUUGCAGUGGAAAAUUACUGAUUCGCUGCACACGCUGACAGAAAUCAUUGCCACUGCUGAUUUCACUAUCAUGAUUCCCAUGGACGGUUACAAGGGGUACUUCGCGGCUCCCCCGCGGGAUGGGGAUGGUCCGGCAGCUCUUCAUGCGGCGAAUCUGCAAACGAGAGGUAAAGCAUACCAUGAGCGUUUGAGGCUGCUUACUCGAGAAGCCAUCCCACGUUAUUCAGCAGGUCCAUGGAGAGAUUCAAUUCCUUCGUCCGGAGAGACAUACCAUGGGACAGCUCAGAGCCAGAUUCAAGGCCAGAAUAAAUUGAGGAAAGAGGUGCGUGGUGCACCUCUUGAACCUGUUCCUCGCGAGCCUUGGAUUGCUGCCUGUGUCUCCAAGAUGGAAUCUGGAAAAAAGGAGGGAAAGCAGGAAAAGUAUGGGUUGGCUGUGUAUCGGUUGACUUAUGGGCAGACGGAGUCUGAAUGGACAGAGUUCGUUCGCAAAGUGGAAGCCCAUGUUUCGGAUUGGGGCAAAGGCCACACAGGAAGCAGUGCUAUCAAAGAGCAUUUGAAGCUUCGCUGGCUGGAUGGGAAGGAACUGGGUAUUUCUGAGGGCGAUAUCGAUGCAUCUAAGGAACACUUCCAAAACAUCAAAGAUGGCAACGACGACUGGUCAGAGGUAGAAGAUAGCGCUUUCCUCGUCGUUGACUCCGCAUCUUUUGCCUCAUACAUGACCAAAUCCUACAGUCCCGCGACAUCAAAGCUCAUUCCUGGUGACUUCACCGGCUUCCUUCUCGCUGUUGACCCAGACUUCGACCCAGAGAAGGGCAUCACACGAUCCGACGAGUCUCCAGGCUACACUGGCCAAAUGCGAAUUCUCGGAAGCCUUGUGUGGAGUGAUCUCUAUUCCUUACUAUCAGCGCAGACAUCAUACUUUGAAGACCACUGGCCAUUAGCAAGCGAGCACCCGAACAUGGUAUAUGUCGGUCCAACAAUCCCACUGCAGAGAUUAAUGUGGCAGGAACACAACUUGAUGCGCUGGAAUCUCCUUCGAGCGGUGAUAGACCAUGUAAAACUCAACCCUGGAACUCCAGUACCACAACCAGCCCAAGCCGAAGCUACAUCUGGAACGACAUCUCCGACUGCAGACGUAUCUACAGCCGCGCCACCAACCCCUUCUGUGCCCUCAUCUACACCAGCCGCAGAACAAAAUCUCACCAACAACGCUUCUAUCCCCUCAUCGACUCCACCCGCAGAACAGGACCCCGCCAACGACCCCCUACGCACACUCAUGCUCACCGAGUUUCAGCGCUACUUACGCCAUCGGGGUCACCCGCGGCGGGCGGCCAUGGUCGAUGAACUGCUCCGUAUUCAGCCAGAUGAGGAGCCAGAUGCAGGGCGACUACGGCAGUUGGUGAAUGAUGAGGAUCAACGGCAGGAGCAGCGGAGGCGAGAUGGUUUGGAUGAGGAUGAGGAGGCUUCGGGGGAGUAUCGGCCGGAGUGCCCACUGCAGUAA